AUGGCCGAUGAAACCCUCGCCUACCCCGCCCCCGCCGCCGCUGACCGCGAAGUGGAGACGACCUAUAAGGAAGCCUCCGCCUACGGCGUCGAGCAGGCGGCCGGUAAGGAGGCGGCCGCCAACGGCGAGCAGGAGGCGGCUGUUUAUGACGAGAUGGAUACUGCCGCCGCCGCUGGCGACCGUGAUGCGGCGGUCGAGCUCCUGCUCGACGAGAUCCGGGCGCUGAAGAGCGAGCGGUCCAACCUCCAGCGAGAACGGUCGGACCUUCUCCGCGACCUCUCGGACGCCCGGGAGAAACUCGCCGGCGCCGAGUCAGACCUCAAGGCCGUAGCUGGCCAGGCCAGCCACCUCGAGGGCGAACUCCGCGUCACGCUUGACGACUUGUCCACCGCCAACCUUGCCGCCACGGAACACGAGGAAAGGGUGUGCCUUCUCGAGAGCAACAUCAAGGAUCUCGAAGCCACGUUCACGGCCAAGGUCAAGGUACUCGAGACCAAGGUCAAGGUUCUCGAGGAGGAACUGACGGUCGCCAAGCAGAAAGAAAGGGAUGAGGCGGAGAAGUUUGCCGCUAAGGAAGAGGAGCUGAAGACGAAGAUCGCUGAAUUAACAUCUAACUUGGAGGAGGAGGAGGAGGAGGAGGAUGAGGAGGAGGAGAAAAGCUUUGAGAUUGAUGGCAAGGAAGAUGCUGGGGUACCUCCGAUGCACUCUCGUGCCCUGGGGGCGGCGGCUGUGAUUGGAGUCGUGGCCUUGGGGGCAGGGGCUGUAGUGUGUCUACACCUUGCAAAACGGAGAUAA